CUUUUUCUAGUUUCUAUUUUCUGUUUUCUAUUUUCUCUUCUCAUCAUCUCCUGCAUUUCCAUUAACAAAUUGUUUCUAUUGUUGCCUUAUAUUAUAUUAUCAUUCCCUCCCCUCCACCUCUUGUUCGUCCCAUUCCUCUUCUUUACCUUCUUCUCUAUCCUUUCUAACAUUAUCUAGGACUUCAAAGCAACCAAGAAGACUGGUGCUUUGAUUCUGUUUCUGCUUACACUUUCGUUUCUCUCUGACAUCGAAGGUUGAGAAAUCGCCACCGACUUUUUCCCUGCGACCCCUGUACCGUACCUUUAGUGCGUACAUAUAGUCGAUAACGCUAGACCCCUCUCCUGCCAAGCGGUCCAUCAUGUCUUUCUCCGGCCGUCGCGUCAGCAUCUUGCGCCCGGGAAACCGUCGGUUUUCUCUGGGCAAGGAAUUGUCCGAGAACGAACUCCGAUCGGAAACCCACCGGCAAUUCCGCAGCGCCCAUGAGGGUCACCGUCCCCAUGCCGGUCUCGAUGCCUCGCGUGCCUCGACGGGUGUCGUCUGGUGCACAGAACGUGCCACCGAGCACGGUUACGCAGAGGACCCCUCUGCCUGGGCGAACCUGGGCCAGGGUGCCCCCGAGGCCGACGAUGAGAUCGAAGGCAGUUUCCCCCGUCCUACGAGCAUUCCCAUCACCUCCGCCGCCCGCGAAUACGGCCCGACCGCCGGUAUCAAGCCUCUGCGCGCCGCCGUCGCCCGGUUGUACAACGAACACUACCGUCAGGGCAAGGAGAGCCAGUACACCUGGGAGAACGUUUGCAUUGUCCCCGGUGGUCGUGCUGGGUUGAUCCGUAUCGCUGCCAUUCUGGGCAACUCUUACCUGUCUUUCCCCAUUCCCGAUUACUCCGCCUACUCGGAGAUGUUGACCUUGUUCAAGAACAUUGCGCCUAUUCCCAUUCCUCUUGCUCAGGAUGACCACUACCACAUCCACCCCGAUAAGAUCGCCGAGGAGAUCGCCCGUGGUACCUCCGUUCUCUUGACCUCCAACCCCCGUAACCCCACUGGUCACUUCGUUGACAACGAGGAGCUCGCUCGCAUCCAAGACAUCUGCAGAGAUCGCGCGACACUGAUCCUCGAUGAGUUCUACGGUGGUUACAACUAUACCACCGACUGUGACGGAACCACGAUCAGCGGUGCUGAGCACGUAGUGGACGUUAACCAAGAUGAUGUGCUGCUGAUUGACGGCCUCACCAAGCGUUUCCGUCUUCCGGGAUGGCGUAUUGCCUGGGUUGUUGGUCCCAAGGAGUUUGUUGAUGCUCUGGGCUCUGCCGGUUCCUACCUGGACGGUGGUGCCAAUGUGCCCUUCCAGGAGGCCGCCAUUCCCAUGCUUGAGCCCGAGCUGGUGAGAUCCGAGAUGAAGGCGUUGCAAAGCCACUUCCGCGAGAAGAGAGAUUUCGUUCUUCAGCGGCUGCACGAAAUCGGCUUCCGCGUGAAGGAUGUCCCGCAGGCCACCUUCUACAUCUGGCUUGAUCUCACCUCUCUGGAGCCUCCUCUUCCCAAGGAGGCAAACAUCUCCGACGGAUUGAACUUCUUCAACGCCCUGUUGACCGAGAAGGUCAUUGUGGUUCCCGGUAUCUUCUUCGACCUGAACCCCGCCAAGAGACGUGAUCUCUUCGACAGUCCUUGCCACCACUUCGUUCGUCUGAGCUACGGCCCCAAGAUGGAUGUCCUGAAGAUGGGUCUGGAUGGUAUCGAGCGCGUCAUCCGCCGCGCUCGCGCUCAGUUCGAUCCCAAGCCGGAGGACGAGGUCGCGGUGGAGGAUGAUUGAAGGGCUUGCAUAGAUUUGGACCGUUCAGCGUUAUGUGAUUUGUAGAGCAAUAGAUUGCAUGGGGAUGUAGAUGAAUAUAUACACAUUGUUAAUGCCGC